AUGGUGGAGGAGGUGUAUGUGUGUGAUGCUUUCCGUUUUAUAAAAAAAAGUGAUUUUAUUACAAGAUUUAUUUAAUAUUAGAAUAAAAAGUGGGGAAAACGUGAGUUAUUAAUUGUGUAUAAUUUUGGAAUAACAAUACUCCGUCUUAACGAUAUUAACAACUAUCUUAUUUUUACUGUAAUUUUGACAUUAGCGUCUCUCCUUAUGGCGCUUUGUUCAAAUUUCAUUAAAUAAUUUAUUUAAUACUUAGUGGUUAUUGAAAAGUAAUCUUGUGUCUACAAAAUAAUGCACAUAAGAUUCUAAAACAGUCAGGAUCAAGAUUUUUUGCAAUACAUUGGUGUUAAUGUUGUAAUAUGUAUAACAACUCUACACACUAUCCUACUGGGUACCAAAGUGCUUAUCCACAGUAUCAGCAGAAUUAUGGCAGUUCUUAUGGAUAUACAGGUUAUGGAACCCAAUACACAGCUCAGAAUCCACAGCCAGCACCACCUGGAGAAAAUUUUUCUUCAGAUAAUUGGAGUUCAUCGCAAGCUGGUAGUUAUGGAACUUCACAGAAUGAUGCUGUGGCACAAGAAAUGCAACAACAAAAGGCGCAGCUUGUUAAACAGCGUGAAGAUUACGUAAAAAAAGUGACAGUUUUGCGACACGAACUGGAGCAACUUCGUUUACAAAAGCAGGAACUUGUAGCAGAUGGCUCUACGGAUCGUGAUUUGGCAAACAUUUUGAGGGAAAACGAUAAAUUACAGGAUGAAAUUCAGGGUAAAAUGAAAGCUAUCCACAAUGUGAUAGAGAUGUUGUCCAGUAUUAUAAAAGAUGGAUGUACCCUGUCUGACCUAGAAGCGUCUCUAGGAAGCCACAAUAUUCCUAAUUCACCAGCGACCCAAUCAAACUUUCAAGAUGCGGAGGACAAAACAAAAUGUCAAUCUCCCGAGUCAAAUAAGUCGGCAAUAGAAAAAUAUUGCUAUGUACAUUACGAUACAGGCUUACACUGGUGUUGGUUAUGCGACGAAUUUCCGGAAACGGCAAAGGAUUUCCUUUUGCACCUUCAAGACAAGAAACACCGGACAAUGGCUAAGGAGAACGAUGUGGACAAUACACCAUGGCACAAAUUGCCACUUGAGCCCAUUUUACCAUCGGAUGAAAAUGCGCCAAAGAAAAGAAUUCCUAUUAAAGGUUUGCAGUUUUUUAUAUCUGCCCCAUCUUGGUACUGUAAAUUGUGCGAUGUAUGGAUUGGGGAUUUACACUGUGCGUCGCACCAUUUAAAAUCUAAAACACACUAUCAGAAUUACGAGAAUUUUGUUGUGCAAAAUCCACACUGGGAAAUGGAGUGGCUAAAAGACAGAGAAAGAGCGAUGGCUAGGAACGGCGUUCAAGACUCAUCGGACUCGGAUAGCAAUAAGAAAAAGAAGAAGCAUAAGGAGAAACGUCUCAGCGACUUAUUUGCAAUUAAAGAAAAGAAAAAAAAGAAACGCUCCAAGAAGCGUAAGAAACAAGUAACAGACUCCAGCAGUAGUUCCAGUUCAUCUGACAGUAGUUCCGACGACGAUGAGAAAGCCGACAGAUCUAGGAGCAUAAGGGUAGCCAUGCGUAACAUGAAACAGGUACAGUCGAUAAUGGAUGAAGAUUUGUCGAGUAAAUGGAACGUAUUGGAGCGACUAGUGGAAGAGCACAAGAAGAAGGAGGAGAAAAAAGAAAAGGAGAAAAUUAAAGAGCUCGAGGACCCACUCAUUAAUCAGUGGAUGACAGUGUCUCAACCCCAAGAAAAAGACAAACGCCUUUUAGAAGAUUUGAAGGAUCGAAUGAAACAGAAACAAGAGUUGGAAAAAGCUAAACAAAUCGAGUUAGAGAAGAAAAAGAGAGAGAAAGAAAGGGAAGAGAAAGAAAUAUUGGAAAGGCAAGAAAGGGCAGCAAGAGAGGCCGAGGAAGAAACAGAGAGGGAAAGGAAAAGGAAGGAACAGGAGGAACUUGAACGUAUCAGGAAUAAAGAUAGGAAUCAAGUUAGAUUUAAAACAAAUUAUAGGAAAAGGCGCACACCUUCGAGAAGCGAUGAAGAGGAGAGUCCACAUCACGAGAAAUAUAAACGUGAGAGAUAUAGAAACGAAAGAUCUCAUGAACAUGAAAGUAGGUUGGAGAGAUCGCACGAACGUGAAAACCGAACCGAAAGAUCCUAUGAACGUGAAAAUAGAUCGGAGAGGUCUCACGAACAUGAAAGUAGGUCAGAAAGGCCUCGCGAACGCUCAAAGAGUAGAACUAGAUCGCCACCAGAAAGAAGAUCCGAAGACAGCACAAACAAGAAGAAACCACCGGGUCCUCCAAGUUAUAAAAAGCUUCCGUUUAUAGGAAGGAUGCCGUUAUUUAAAAACAAAAAGAUGGAAGAAAAGGAGGAGAAAAAAGAAAUACAGAAGGAGAGUUAUGAGGUGCCAAGGCGUACCAGAUUCCAACCAGGGAAUCUCGCAAGAGCUUUCAUCCCAAAGCCGGACGUGGUUUGCUUUCCCAAAUUAUCUAGCAUUCCUCCUCUGACUAUCCCGCCACCUCCGACCGUAUCAGAGCCUGUUGUAAUGGUACCAGAACCUCCUAAAAUAAGCAAAGAAAGCCUACCUAAAGCACCUCCCCCGCCUAAAAUCGCCAAAAAGGAAGUGGAACACAGUAAAGCGGAAGCUGUGAACUUAAGCGAUGACGAAAUGCUGUAUGCUGAAACCGGAAAUGGGAUGAAUCCCAGCAUGAUGGGUCACUAUUACACGGACUAUAAUAACAGUAUGAUGUAUUCGCAUAACUACGAAUACCCACAAAAUGAGAGUUCCGUACCGCAUUCUCAUACCAUGCCUUUGCAGCCACCCCCAUUACCUCCCGAUGAUGACUUGGCCCUUUUAGGAAUUUGUGCCGAUGACAUGGCUGCCCAAUCUUUUUGAAUAUUUUUUUUUUGUUUUCAUUUACAUUUGUAUAUGUUUAUACAAAAUAAGAAUAUUGUAAUGCAUUAAAAA